AACCAACCUCCCUCCGGGGCCUCCUUUAGAGAGAGAGAGAGAGAUACUCAAAAACCUCUUCCUUGUUCUCUUUUGACUUUUUGAGUUUCUCUAAAUAUAAGCAAUGUUGACCACAUCGUCUCGUAACAAGUCAAACACUCUUCUUCGUUCCCAAUCACCAUCUUCUUCGUUCGCUUCCUCCACAAGCUCCACCUUCUCAUCACCCUCCUCAUCUUUCUUCAACAACCACCAAGAAAACCUAUACACUCCCAAACCUAUGUCUCACUCCUUUCGUUACUCUCUCGACAACAGAUCCAACCCUCCUUCUAACCGUUCCAUCUCCGUUUCAAAGAAACCGCAGCAGCAUAAGAUCUCCGAAACAACGAGGACGACGACGACGAGGAGGAGAUGUAUGUGUUCUCCGACGACGCAUCCUGGCUCUUUUCGAUGUAGUCUACAUAAAAACGUAGCGAACCCGCACGGGCAAGGAACGGCGUCGUUCACGACUAAUAGUUUGAAUAUGAGGAGAUCAGCGAUGACGAAUUCGCUGGUGAGAAUCGGUGGAGUUGAAGGAGAGUGGGUGAGAAGAUCGUUGACGACUUUGAUAAGGCCUUCUUCGCAUCAUUUGAAGAGAAGAGCUGCGUUUCAGCCUCGUCCUAGUAGGCUUUCUAUUAUGUCGAGAGCUGAUUUGUAAACUGAAAUGUAAUUUCGGAUUUCAGGUUUGUUCUUCUCUUAUUUAAAAAAAAAAGACACAACAGGAAUAAUCAAAUAUGGCGACAGAUCUGGUCGGGAAGAUGCGGUUAUUGUGGGAGAGAAUCACAACCUUUGAAAUCGAGUUUUUGUAAAAGGAACGAACACACCAUCAUAUAUUUUUUUUGUUGUUGUUGGGUGAAGAAAGAUGCGAAAGUGCAUUUGUACAUACUUAUUUUACUAUUUGUUUUCAUGUUUUUUUUUUUUGUCUCAAAAGAAUGUCAAAUUACUUUUAAAAUCAAAAUCCGGUAUGAAUAGUUAGAUCUGAAUCAAAGAGUUCUGUAAUCCAGUUUUUCAUAACACAAGUUAGAUUUUAGAUCUCACAUCCAUUGUGUGUGUGUGUGUGUCUGCAGCGUUGGUCUAAUUACUGUUUUUUUUCGUGUGUUGUCAAGUCAACGUUCGCGUUGUUCGUUGACCGUCUUGUUUGCCGUUGAGCGUUCCGUUAAUUUUCCAGGUUGCGUUUGGUAAUGGAUUGGAGUUUACUACAUGACGAACCGGGAACGAGGAGAUGGUCUUUCUGGAUAUAGAAAAAUCUUUAAAUCUCCUAAGGAAAGUAAAAGUGUCAAAGCACGAUCGGUGAUAAAAUUUCACAUUUAAGGAGUAGAAAGGAAAAAUGAAUACGAGGAGGAAUUUUGUUCAGAAAAAAAAAAGAAUAACAAGGAAAAAUGAGAAUGCUAUAAUAUGGAUAGUUGACUGACCAAUUAAAAAACUACCCAAGAUGGAAUAAGCAGAUAGAAGAUGCAUUUGAAUAUGUAAAAUUGGGAAUCUUUCGAUUCAUGAACAUUAAAGAAAGUGGAAUAUUUUAAAAAGAGAAAACGAAAGAUAGUAGUGGAAAGACACGUCUUCCUGAUCUGGAAGAUUUUACUCUACUCGAUCUUAUUCCUCCUUACAUUAUUUCAGGAUCUAUAUCCUUU